GCGCGCUCCCAUGGCAGUAAGAUGGCGUCUGUCAGGAUGUGGUCUGCUCUGUUGUCGUUUUUACUUUUGAACGUUUUCUACGGCCUCGUCUCCGCCUUGUACUUUCAUAUCGGAGAGACGGAAAAGAAAUGUUUCAUAGAAGAAAUCCCAGAUGAGACGAUGAUCAUCGGAAACUAUCGGACUCAGCUGUACGACAAACAGAAAGAAGAAUAUCUGCCGGCCACACAGGGUCUGGGCAUGUUUGUGGAGGUCAAAGACCCGGAUGAGAAGGUCAUUCUGUCUCGGCAGUACGGCUCUGAAGGAAGGUUCACCUUCACUUCUCACACCCCUGGAGAACAUCAGAUAUGCCUUCACUCCAACUCCUCCAAGUUCUCCCUUUUUGCUGGAGGCAUGCUGAGGGUUCACCUGGACAUCCAGGUUGGGGAGCACGCCAACAACUACGCUGAGAUUGCCGCCAAAGACAAACUGACGGAGCUGCAGCUGAGAGUGAGACAGCUGGUGGAGCAGGUGGAUCAGAUCCAGAAGGAGCAGAACUACCAAAGGUAUCGCGAGGAGCGCUUCCGUCAAACCAGUGACAGCACUAACCAGCGUGUCCUCUGGUGGUCUAUCGUCCAGACCCUCAUCCUGGUGGCCAUCGGCAUCUGGCAGAUGAGACACCUCAAGGGCUUCUUUGAGGCCAAGAAGCUGGUGUAAAUCUUCUACUGUCUGUGUGUGUGUGUGCUUGUGUGUGUAUGUCCUACGAAGUGAUGCAGUAGAGCGCUGUGGCAGCCUGCACUUGACAUGCAGAGAAGUUACUCAAACCUUGUUGACCGACGUCGCUAUCAAGCGGUCAGGCUGACAAUAUUUAUUGACGCUGUCAUUUGGCCUCAAACAUUUCAUCCACUGAAGCGUGUGAGCCAAGACGUCGUCACCACGUGUUUCAUUAUUUUAUACACUUGAUGUUUAACCACUGUGACGACUAGCUGGACAAGUUGACGUGCACGCAGUCGUCUGAUUUGAUGACUUUGGACAACUUGUCUUUGUAACACUCAAGUCGUCUCAGGAGGUUAAAAAAAAAAAACACACAGCAACAUUGUUUUAGCCUGUGAUAAUCAUGAGAGUGCGCGUUGUCUCGUGGACUCAUUUUAAAUUGUUAAAACACACUGAAAUGACUUUAACAAUCUAUGCAGAGUUUGGGACAGGAGGUGUUCUUUAAUGUCAUCAGCGUGCAGGGUCGCCUUUCUGUUACUUUCGCUGUUUGUGUUGGUUUAGAUUUAGAAAAAACACAAAUUGAAUGACGGGGCUUGAAUAUAUUUUUUCCAAACUGUUUGUCCCGUUUGCUUGAGUUCACUGUGUUCUUUAUACUUCCAUUUGAGAAAACGUGUUUUUAACUAUGUUUAGCUUUCACUGAGUGACAAUUUGAGAAUAAAAUAACAGUAAAACAAUGGAAAAAUGUUCAAAUAAAAGUUAAAACAUUUCA